UUUCCCUGACAGCGCUCAGGCACAGAAUUAUUUCAACACUCGGUCAAGUACAGUCAAGAGAAAAACGAAACUAUAUUAAAUGUCAUCCAAUCUUCUGCGAGGGAGAUCCUCAAGCGAAAAUCCUGAAAAUAUACCUGAAACAACAAGGGCUUGGUCAUCAGAUGAAGUGUGUAACAAACUCAGCGUUACACGAAAAUAUAAUGACGAUCCACGUUCUGUUUUCAUUAUCGGAUAUCUCGAAUUAAUGGGGCAGAAUAUUAAACUUAUCGAAUAUAUGAAAAACCAUUUUGAAUCUCCGGAUCAGGAAUAUAAAACAAAGCACGAAUGUUUCCAGUUUGCAUUAAACACAUGGAAAGACAUGGUGAUAGAUAACGAAUUUAUUAAUAAUAUUGAGGUUUCAGGUGCCAUAAAAAUGAACAAUGUAUUAGACAAACCAUUUGAAACAUCUUCUUUGUAUCAUGACUUUGUAGAACCAAAAGAGCAAAAACAAGAGACAGACAAUGGAGAACAAUUGGCAUUACUGAGGAGUACCUGUCAGAAAAUAUUUGCAAAACUGAAAGUUUUUUCGGAUCAGCUGCUGUUUGUUAUGGACAAUUUAGGGAAUCCAUCAGAGACAAUGUUUAAGGAUCUGUUCAUGGCAUUUGUAAGGAUAUUUGAUCUCAAAAUUUUUGACACAACAAACACUCCAGGCUGCAGGUAUAUUUUACAUCAUAGAGAAUUUACUGCCACAUCAAUACCUGAUGCAGUAAUGAGUAGCUACACAGCUGGGACGGUUUCAAUUACACCAAAACUUGUGUCAAAAGUCAUUGCUGUUGUUGAGGUAAGAAAGGAGUACAGUCAUUCACCAGACCAGGAUUCUGAUUCAUCACCAGAAGCCAAGAAAAUAAGACUAGACAGCAGACUAAUAAACAGUUUUGCUGAACAUGUACAUAAAAGAUUGGAAGGACAACAUAUUAGAGAUAUGUUAGCUGUAACUCAGUCUGAAGCAUCUGUCUUUGACUACAAUGGAAUAUUUGGAUUUAUUGUCCAGGGAACUAAGGUAACAUUUGUAUCACUACAAAGCAGUAAGAAGUACUUUAACAAUCUUCUUAUAAAUGACAAAACCAAAAACAUUUGGGCAGAUGUGAGAUACAGUAAAGAAUGUAACUUGUUAACAAAGGAAGGAAGAAAGGAUCUAAUCCCUGUUUUGUUAGGCAUAGAGAAAUUAGUGAUGCAGAUUGUUUGAGAAUUGAACCCAGAAAAGUUAGAAGCACUGACAGAAUGCAAAGAUCUAUAUCUGAACAGACAACAUGUGUUUAGUACAGUAAAUCAUGGGACAUGUUUUCAGUACCGGUAUAGGAAAUUAUAUGACAUGAUGAAGGCAGAGAUCAAUUGUAUGUGUUAGCUGUUCAAAAACACAGCUUUCAUAAUCACCAAUUUCAAUUAAAUAUCUGCUCUAAAGAAAGUUGCACCAGGGGAUACUGUUAUGGAACAGUUGAUCUCUUUGUGUUUAUGUGUGGCUUGAGGGACAUAUUAUUCAUGUUUCAAUAUUUUGUUGACAUUUUUACCUGGAGGAGAUCCGAAGUCAAGCAGAGGUUGAAGAUUAAAACUGUAUUCUAGGAUUUAA